GGUUUGUCAGAGGGAAGGAACAACAAGCAAAAAUAAUCCUCUGCAGCCACAUCUCGGCGACUCUCCUGCUGACCUCGCGCGACGUACCCGCCGCCGCUGUUGGUUGGAGCAUUUGACAUUGUGCAGCAAAGAAAUGGUUAUGGAGAAGCCCAGUCCGCUGCUUGUAGGGCGGGAGUUUGUGAGGCAAUAUUAUACUUUGCUGAAUAAAGCUCCAGAAUAUUUACACAGGUUUUAUGGCAGGAAUUCCUCCUAUGUUCAUGGUGGAGUAGAUGCUAGUGGAAAGCCCCAGGAAGCUGUUUAUGGCCAAAAUGAUAUACACCACAAAGUAUUAUCUCUGAACUUCAGUGAAUGUCAUACUAAAAUUCGUCAUGUGGAUGCUCAUGCAACCUUGAGUGAUGGAGUAGUUGUCCAGGUCAUGGGUUUGCUGUCUAACAGCGGGCAGCCAGAGAGGAAGUUUAUGCAGACCUUUGUUCUGGCUCCUGAAGGUUCUGUCCCAAAUAAGUUUUAUGUUCACAAUGAUAUGUUUCGUUAUGAAGAUGAAGUGUUUGGUGAUUCUGAACCAGAACUUGAUGAAGAAUCAGAAGAUGAAGUAGAAGAGGAACAAGAAGAAAGGCAACCAUCUCCUGAACCUGUGCAAGACAAUGCCAAUAGUGGUUACUAUGAAGCUCACCCUGUGACCAAUGGCAUAGAGGAACCUUUGGAAGAAUCCUCUCAUGAACCUGAACCUGAGCCAGAAUCUGAAACAAAGACCGAAGAGCUGAAACCUCAAGUGGAAGAGAAAAACUUAGAAGAAUUAGAGGAGAAGUCUACUUCUCCUCCUCCUGCAGAACCUGUUUCUCUGCCACAAGAACCACCAAAGGCUUUCUCCUGGGCUUCAGUGACCAGUAAAAACCUGCCUCCUAGUGGUACUGUUUCUUCCUCUGGAAUUCCACCCCAUGUUAAAGCACCAGUCUCACAGCCGAGAGUUGAAGCCAAACCAGAAGUCCAGUCCCAGCCACCUCGUGUGCGUGAGCAGCGGCCCAGGGAGCGGCCUGGCUUUCCUCCUAGAGGACCAAGACCUGGCAGAGGAGAUAUUGAACAGAAUGAAUCUGACAACCGUAGAAUAAUUCGCUAUCCAGACAGUCAUCAACUUUUUGUUGGUAACUUGCCACAUGAUAUUGACGAAAAUGAACUGAAAGAAUUCUUCAUGAGUUUUGGAAACGUUGUGGAACUUCGCAUCAAUACCAAGGGUGUUGGGGGAAAGCUUCCAAAUUUUGGUUUUGUGGUUUUUGAUGAUUCUGAACCAGUUCAGAGAAUCUUAAUUGCAAAACCAAUUAUGUUUCGAGGGGAAGUACGUUUAAAUGUGGAGGAGAAAAAAACAAGAGCUGCAAGAGAGCGAGAAACCAGAGGUGGUGGUGAUGAUCGCAGGGAUAUUAGGCGCAACGAUCGCGGUCCUGGUGGUCCACGUGGGAUAGUGGGUGGUGGAAUGAUGCGUGACCGUGAUGGAAGAGGACCUCCUCCAAGAGGCGGCAUGGCACAGAAACUUGGCUCUGGAAGAGGAACCGGACAAAUGGAAGGCCGCUUCACAGGACAGCGUCGCUGAAGCUCCACUGUUGGCAGAGUCUUGGCGGUGGUACAUUAUUCAUCGUGUUUGCAUUCUUGUUAAUUUUUUUUUGGCUUUGGAAUGUGACACAGCCUUUUUGAUCAUUUCUUUGAUGUGAAAAGCAUCUUUUUGUUAUCAUUUAAAUUGAGGUGGACAUUUAUUUCCCCAAUUUCACAACAGGAUUCACAUUGUUAAUUUAUAAAUCUAGACUUGGAGAAUUACGGACUGAGAAAUGACCAUAUCUUAAACUGUCUACAACAAAAUGAACUUAAAAGGACAUUCCCAACUGAAUUCAGAUCCUUUGAGUCAAAAAAAAAAAAAAAAAUCCUCUGCUGCACAUUUUGUUUAAGUGU